UUGAUGUAAAUAAUGAAAGUCUAGUCUUUACACAAGUGUCUCGCGGAUUAGAAGAAUGAGAAGUUAUGUUUCACUUUCACAUCCGAGUGCUCGAGAGCUGAUGCAAUGCGUAGUUCAACAUUGGCGCCUGUCCUAUCCCACCACAAAUCAACAGGCAGAUUCAACGGCGUUAAGCAUUCGUCCGUUUACUUGUCAAUGACUUCUCUUCCUAAAAAUUCAAGGAAGGAAUCAUAGAGAUUUUUUUUUCCCCUAAGAAAAUGUCUGCAGAUUAAGUCAACAUCAGACAGAGAGGAAAAUUCCAUCAUGCUGAAUUGCUGAUACGCAGAACGAUUUCCUAAACCCUAAAGCCACCACAACGCAACAGAUCACAUCGUUAUAAAUAAAUACACGACAAGAGCACAACAUAAUUAAACAAUGGCUCUUCUCCCUUUGAUCUUCACCAUUCUGCUCACCUCCUUGUUCCUCUUAGCCGUCGCUUUCCAAAUUCUUAGCAGGCGCCGCCAUCGCUUACCUCUACCACCGGGUCCGAAAGGCUGGCCGCUCCUCGGCUUUCUCCCCAAGCUCGGACCAAACCCACACCAAAUUUUUCACCGCCUCUCCAAAAUCCACGGCCCUCUUCUCCACCUUCGCUUCGGGGUCGUCGACGUCGUCGUCCCUUGUUCAGCCGCCGUGGCCGAAAAGCUUCUACGCAAUGACAUGAAGUUCAUAAACCGUCCAAAGAACUCAGGUGCCGAACACGUAGCCUACAACUAUCAAGACAUAGGCUUUCUCCCCUACGGCCCUCGUUGGCGGAUGCAGAGAAAGCUAUGUGCGCUUCAUCUCUUCUCCUCCAAGGCGUUGGAUGACUUCCAGGAUGGCCGCCGCACGGAAUUCACGAGAUUGGUGCGUCGGCUCGCUGCACAGAGCGUCAAGGCCAACGGGAACGAAGAGGAGGCGGUGGUGGACAUUAGCAGAGAAGUGGCGGCGUGCGUCGGCAAUUCGUUGUCUCUACUGCUGCUUGGGCGGAGAGUCUUCGACCACGAUAGGCCGGAGGUGGAAGAAGAGCUCAGAAGUAUGGUGAUGGAGCUUAUGGCUCUCACUGGCUCCUUCUGCAUCGCUGAUUUCUUGCCCGGCCUCCGCUGGUUCGACCCACAGGGAUUAAUAGCAAGGAUGAAGAAACUGAACCGCAAGUUCGACGAGUUUUUGAACAUGUUCAUUGCGGAGCACCGGGCGGCAUUAGCAGAGACGACGGGGCCAUUGAUAACAAACAAUGCAGUUGCCAAUAAGGAUUUGUUAACUGUGAUGCUCAAACUUCAGGAGAUCAACGUAGACGAUGAGGAAGGCGCCAAGCUGACAGACAUUGACAUCAAAGCUUUACUCAUGAGCUUGUACGCAGCUGGAAGCGACAGCAACUCCAUACUCGCAGAAUGGGCUUUAGCCGAGCUCAUCCGUAACCCUAUAAUUCUUGAACGAGCCCAAGCCGAGGUUGACUCUGUAGUGGGACGAGAUCGGCUCGUCUGUGAAUCAGACUUGCCUAACCUUCCUCUGCUCCAAGCCAUCGUAAAAGAAACCCUCCGCCUCCACCCGCCUGCUCCCAUCUCCCUUCCUCGUGUCGCCGUCGAGGACUGCCAAGUCGAUGGCUAUCUUAUACCGAGGGGCACCACUCUUCUUCUCAACAUAUGGGCCAUCGGACGUGACCCGAGCGUGUGGCCCGACGAACCGCUGGACUUCCGUCCCGACCGAUUCCUCCCGGGUGGGCUCCAUGAGGGUGUGGACCUGAAAGGAAGUAGUAAUUUCAGUUUAUUGCCCUUCGGGACGGGAAGGAGAAUGUGCGUGGGAAUGAAUUUGGGCCUGCGCAUGCUCAGCCUCAUGACGGCCACGAUGGUGCACUCUUUUGACUGGUAUCUACCCAAUGGCCAAAACUCUGAGACUUUGGACAUGGAAGAGAAGUCCAAUGGGCUCUCUUUGCUGAGGGCUAAGCCGCUCCUGGCUCGACCCGUUCCCAGGCUUAGGCCGGAGGCUUACUCUAAACUCUCAACUCAUACAACCACUUAAAAACUGAAUGCACUUCACCUCCGUCAUAAAUGUUAAAUAUUUAAUUUUACCUUUACAGUAAAAUGACUCUAUUUUGCUUUUUUA